UUAUAUGAGGAACAGAAAGAAAUGAGCUAGUGACCUCAUCAGUAAAAGACUAUGCAACUAGUGAUGUCAUCACGACGAGCCUGAAUCAGAUUUAUUACAUGGACAUCUCAGAAAGUCAUUAGGGUCAAGACUGAAGUGCACAAGCUGUUUUACUUCCUCCGUUUUUUAAUAAGCCAUUCCCUCGGCGGAGGGCCGGUAAAGCCCCGUCUGAUGGCUAACGGUGGGAACGGACGCUACCAGACUCCUCCAGCCUCCGAGCUUCAGAGACUCCUGUGGGUCAAACCCGGAGCCAGCGGACAUCUGGACGAGGUCAGGCCUGGGAUAUACAUCGGAGACAUGUACGCAGCGAAAGACAAACACUUACUGCAGUCUCUGAACAUCACAUUCGUGCUGAACGCAGCUCACGGCAAGUUCAGUGUCAACACAGGAGCCAGUUUCUACAGAGACACUAAGAUCAGCUAUCACGGGGUCGAGGCCUUCGACAUGCCCUCCUUUGACUUGAGCCCUUUCUUCUACUCCGCCGCCAAGUUUAUUAAGACUGCCACGAGCACCCCUGGAGGUAAGGUGCUUGUGCACUGUGCGAUGGGUCUGAGUCGCUCCUCGACGCUGGUUUUGGCGUAUCUGAUGAUUCAUGAGGGCAUGACUCUGGUGGAAGCCAUUAAAGCCGUCGCACAACACAGGAACAUCUGCCCAAAUUCGGGCUUCAUGGAACAGCUGAGAGAACUGGACAAGACCCUGCACUGCCACGGCAUUGGCCUCUAACACGUUCACUCAUCACAAAAACAGCAACAGCAAUGCACGAUUCAGAAUCUGCCUUAUAAUGGAAUUGCAUGAUUUGAUACAGGAUUUAAUUUCUCAAUUAAAAUGAGUUCUUUUUCUUAA